CCGCCUCCCGCGAGGUGGCCGGCCUGAGGCCGCAGAUUGUCGUCCCGGGCGACGUCGUGACGGCCGAGCCGGGGACGCUGAAGGGCAAAGGCGUGGUGGAGCGAGAGGACGGCAAGCUCGUCGCCACGCUCUGCGGCGUGGUGGAGCACGUGAACAAGCUGCUGUACGUGCGGCCCCUGAAGCACCGCUACGCCGGGAACGUCGGCGACGUGGUGGUGGGCCGCAUCGUGGAGGUGCAGACGGACCGCUGGGCCGUGGAGGUCGGCACGUCCAUGCUGGCGCACCUGCACCUCGGCUCCAUCCCGCUGCCGGACAACGUCCAGCGCCGGCGCACCGACGAGGACGCGCACCGGAUGCGGGACUUCUUCGUGGAGGGCGACCUGAUCUCGGCCGAGAUCCAGAAGGUGAACGAGGCGGGCGAGCUGUCCCUGCAGGCCCGGUCGGCGAGGUACGGCAAGCUGCAGAACGGCGUGCUGGCGACGUUGCCUUCGGUGUACGUGCGGCGACAAGCGCAGCACAUCAUCACCCUGGGCCAGACCGGCGUGAUGGUCGUUCUGGGAAACAACGGUUGGGUCUGGGUCUGCAUGCCGCCAAGGGUGGCCGAGGGUGCCUCUGGGCGCCAGGAGACCAUCAACUUCUCGCAGAUGGACGUGCGUUACGAGCAGGUCGGCCAGGACCUGCGCGAGAGGAUAUGCAGGGCCAGGAACGCGAUCCUCGCCCUGUCUGGGCACGGCCUGGAGGUGACUCCCGAGAGCAUCCUGUCCGUCUACGAGGAGUCCCUGCGGCGCGAGCUCGCCGCCUGGGAGCUGCUGGACCCUGCGCGGUGCGCCUCCUCGGGGCUCCUCGAGGCCGUCCUCGAGGGCGCCCUCGGCGAGGACGGCGCCCGCGGCUGAUCGGAGGAGGGCCCGCCUGGGAGCCGGCGGUGGGGUCCGAGGUGGCCCGGCGCCGGCUCUGGCGAGCAGGACAGCCAGAGGUGACAGGAGGAAAAGGUACCCAUGCCUCUAUACCCUUCCCCGGGUUCCCCCUUUUUGGGGGCCUCCGGGGAGGCCCUCGUCGCCACCGCUGGAUUCGUCUCGAGGUGCUGGUCAGAACGCACCCCGGGAGGGGUCUGGGGAGUAGCGGUGUCGGUACCUUCGGUUUCCCUCCCUCCUCCUCCUCCCUCCUCCCCAUCCUCCUCCUCCGCCGCCUCCGCCUCCAUCCUCCUCCUCC